AUGCCUUUGGUUGCCGCCGCUCCCGGUCCCCUCAAGGCAAUGCGGGUGGAGGCGGAGGCGGAGGCGCGCGAGGCGGCGCGGCUAAAUCAUGCGGCGGCGAAGCUGCAGACCCUCAGCGGCGAGCUCGACGGGAGACGAACGGCGAUGCUCGAGGCCCGGAACGUGGAAGCGGGGGAAGAGACGGCGAGGAGGUGAUCGAUCAGCACACGUAGAAUUUAGAUAUCCCUUGUCUCUGGUGGUAUCUGUCUUCCUACGCGCCGACCCACGGGAGUGUUUGACUCGCUUGUUUCUGUUGUUGCUUGUGUUCCUAGGAUGGGGAUUUGGUACAGAGAACGAUCCUUUUUCCUUGCGGGGGGGAUUGGAGCCGAUGAAAUAGAGAGAGAGAGAGAAAGAGGAAGUAACCGCA